AUGAACAAACGUUUGCUUCAGGACUCUGUCUUGGUGAAAGCUGUCUCGCUGGCUUCGAUCUGCAUCCGCGUCUCUUCGAACUACGUUGAAGCCGGUGGCAAGGUCUGGGCUCGCAUCGAUGGAAUCUUCCUGGACUCGUUCGUGCUCGGCACGGCCCUCGAGGAGCCUGAGCAGAACCGCUUCUCCAUCUCGCUGAACGCCAAAAACGCCGGAAAGGGCACGAUCAUGAAAAAUCUCGCAUUUUCACCCGCCGAGGCCACGAUCACCGUCGAUGAAGCCCGGCUCUGGCUGACCCGAACAUGCCGC